UGACGCAUAGCGCAUCACCUCAGAGACAAGCAGUCAAUGGAGUCAAGUUGUCACAGCGAUGCAUUAAUGAUAAACAAAGUAUUACUUGUUUUUAGCAAACUAUUAACGUGAAACCGCAGGCGAAGCGUCGAGUAGUAAUGCAUUAUUUAUAAUGACCGCAGAGGAAUUGGCUUAUAGUUGAAGUUACUUUAUUUCGGCUAACCAACAAGCUAGCCAGCCAGCUAAACUAUUCGAAGGCCUCGCCGCUUUCAACAAGGCCAAGCUAGCUAACUACCCUGCAUCGUUAAACACUCAAAACGUUUGUAGUGUUGUUUUACAUUUAUUGGCUAUAUGUCGGAAGAGAUCGCAUUGGUAAUGCAACAAAAUUUGGACAGGAGCUGCUGGGUAUGCUUCGCCACUGAUGAGGAUGACCGCACGGCGGAGUGGGUGCGUCCGUGUCGCUGCCGUGGCUCCACCAAGUGGGUGCACCAGGCGUGUCUGCAGCGCUGGGUGGACGAGAAGCAGAGGGGCAACAGCACGGCCCGCGUGUCUUGUCCGCAGUGCAACGCCGAGUACCUCAUCGUCUUUCCCAAGCUGGGGCCAGUGGUGUAUGUUCUAGACCUGUUUGACCGGCUCAUCUCCAAGGCCUGUCCCUUUGCCGCCGCCGGCAUCAUGGUGGGCUCCAUCUACUGGACCGCCGUCACGUACGGGGCUGUCACCGUCAUGCAGGUGGUGGGCCAUAAGGAGGGCCUGGAUGUGAUGGAGCGGGCAGACCCCUUGUUCCUGCUCAUCGGCCUGCCCACCAUCCCCGUCAUGCUGAUCCUGGGGAAGAUGAUCCGCUGGGAAGACUACGUGCUGCGCCUCUGGAGGAAGUACUCCAACAAGCUGCAGAUCCUCAACAGCAUCUUCCCAGGUCAGAACGGACACAUUGAACGCGGAGAGGUAGCCCUGUCCAUUGGGGCUUGUGGAGGUCCAGUAGCAGUGGGUUUUUCCACUGAGCUCAUCAUCAAGGACAGUGAUUGAUGUGGGGAGAAACCGGACCCCAGGGCUCAGCUGGAACCUUCAACCUUUUUCUCCUGCAGUCUCAGCUUGCUGGGCAAGAGCAGGCGUACAUCUUUUAC